GGAGAGCUGAGAGGCGCGUGGUAGCGAUGUCGGAUACUGGAGCUGUGGAAUCAGGGUCCCUGGGAGCUACCACCGCCCCCUCAGCUGCCCUGACCCGGUCUCUCGCCCCGGGAAGCUUGUUCCGACCCAUCAGCGCCGAGGACGAAGAGCAGCAGCCCACCGAGAUCGACUCACUGUGCAUGAACUGUUACCGCAAUGGCGUGACGCGCCUCCUGCUCACCAAGAUCCCCUUCUUCCGAGAAAUAAUCGUGAGCUCUUUCUCGUGCGAGCACUGUGGCUGGACCAACACGGAGAUCCAGUCGGCAGGCAGGAUCCAGGACCAGGGAGUGCGCUACACUUUGACCGUGAAAGCCCAGGAGGACAUGAACAGAGAGGUGGUGAAGACUGACUCUGCCUCCACAAGGAUCCCCGAACUGGAUUUUGAAAUUCCUGCUUUCAGCCAGAAGGGCGCUCUGACCACUGUUGAAGGCUUGAUCAGCCGUGCUAUUUCUGGCCUGGAGCAGGACCAGCCUACACGAAGGGCAAGUGAAGAAACCAUAGCUGAAAGAAUUGAUGAAUUCAUUGUCAAACUGAAGGAGCUAAAGCAACUGGCUUCCCCUUUCACUCUGAUCAUUGAUGAUCCCUCAGGGAACAGCUUCGUGGAAAACCCAUUUGCUCCCCAGAAAGAUGAUGCCUUGCUGAUCACACACUACACCCGGACUUCAAAGCAGGAUGAGAUGCUGGGACUCCAGGCAGAGGUACCAGAAGAGAAGCCGAAAGAGGAUGAUCUCAAAAAUGAAGUGCUACAGUUCAACACAAACUGCCCAGAAUGCGGUGCUCCAGCUCAAACCAACAUGAAGCUAGUUCAAAUCCCCCACUUUAAGGAGGUUAUCAUCAUGGCUACCAACUGUGAGAACUGUGGGCAUCGGACCAAUGAGGUGAAGUCUGGAGGCGCGGUAGAGCCCUUGGGCACCAGAAUCACCCUUUAUGUCACUGACUCCUCAGAUAUGACCAGAGAUCUCCUCAAGUCUGAGACCUGUAGCGUGGAAAUCCCAGAGUUGGAAUUUGAACUGGGCAUGGCUAUCCUCGGGGGCAAGUUUACCACACUGGAGGGGCUGCUGAAGGACAUCCGGGAGCUGGUAACCAAGAACCCCUUCACAUUGGGGGACAGUUCCAGUCCUGGCCAGGCAGAAAAACUGCAGGAGUUUAGUAACAAGUUGGACCAGAUCAUCAAGGGUAACAUGAAGGCCCACUUUGUUAUGGAUGACCCAGCAGGAAACAGCUACUUACAGAAUGUGUAUGCACCUGAAGAUGACCCUGAGAUGAAGGUGGAACGUUACAAGCGCACAUUUGACCAGAAUGAGGAGUUGGGACUCAAUGACAUGAAGACAGAAGGCUAUGAGACAGACCUGGCCCCACAGCGGUAGCAGUGGGGGUUCCAGCUUCCAGCCUCCAGUGCUGCUCACACUGCAGGGUUAUUUAUCACUAUUG